UGGGUAUGUGUCAAUUUUUCCCUUUUCACACAUGCUCACAUCCUUCCCAUAUCCUUCUCUUCUACCCACCUAAAAUGAGGGAAAGAAAAAAAACCAGAAUCAGAUUGAGAGAGAUUCUCAGAAAUUUCCAGUUUCUUUGGGGUUCUUUUGCAGCAAUCAUUAGUUUUGUUAUAAUCUGAAGCCCCCUUUUACCGAUCUCUGCUUCUGUUUUCUAAGUGCGGUAAAACCUCUCUUGUGCUUCUAUCAGUUCUUCCCCCUUUUUUUGUGUUCUCUUUCUCUCCCCUUUUCCGUUUGCUUGGGAAAUGAUUUCUGUAAAAGUAUUGCCCGAUUUCGACUCUAGGAGGUGUUUGCUGACUGCCCUUUUGUUCUUGUAUGCAUCAAAUUCGUUAUUGUUGAGUUCUUCUUCAUGUUUUGGUUCUAUGUUCAACUGGGUUGCUUUUGAUUGUAUGGAUUUGUGUGUUUUUGCCGCGGUUUUUCUCUUUUUCUUACAGGUAAUUUUGAUUGUGCAAAAGAGUUGGACGUUUGAUUUCAUUCAGUCUACGAAAGCUAACUCCAUUUAUUGUUGUCGUGGUUUUCAUGGUUCAGAAUUGAAUGUUCACGAAAGUUUUCUCCUCUUCCCCUUUAUUCUCGUGCAGAGUAUGAAUUUGUGUUAAGUUCUUGGAGCUGGGGACAUGGGUAGUAGCCAUGUCUUUCCACUUAAAGGUAGGUUCAGGUUUCCUCAGUUUUCCAAUUAUGAGUAUGAGUUCUUGUUGAAUAGCAGCUUAAUUAUUUGCCCUUUUUGGACAGUUUGUUUUAGAGUAAUUCUCUACUUUAGCUGAUAGAUUAUUUGGUUUUGUAGAGGGAGAAAUUAUGGGCAUGAAGCUGCAUUUAGCUUGUUCCUAUAGUUGAUUCUAGCUUUGGCAAUCUCGAAAUAUUUAUAAGGAAACGUGCGAAGAUCUGAUUGCAGCAUGGGUUACUUAUGUGAUUUCUGUGGGCAUCAAAGGUCGAUUGUUUACUGUCGAUCCGACUCUGCAGCUUUGUGCUUAUCUUGUGACCGUAAUGUUCACUCUGCUAAUGCCCUGUCGAGGCGCCACUUGAGGACGUUGUUAUGUGAUAGGUGCCAUUCACAAGCUGCAUUUGUUAGAUGUCCUGAAGAGAAUAUUUCACUUUGUCAAAAUUGUGAUUAUAUGGGGCAUAGCUCAUCUGCCUCCAUUUCGUCCCGAAAGAGGCAACCAAUCAAUUGUUUCUCAGGAUGCCCGACUGCUGCAGAACUCUCAUCUAUCUGGUCGUUUGUUCUAGAUCUCCCUUCUGUUGGCGAUGCUUGUGAACAAGAAUUAGGAUUGAUGAGCAUUGCUGAAAAUAGUGCAGUAAAUGCCUGGGGCCCUGAUGAUCAAGCUGGUCAAAAUGUAUCUGGUGCAGAUCAAACCAAUGAAUUCUCAAAUGAGGAUAGAUCAAUUUGGUAUGGCUCCUCUUCAAUGCCUCAAUAUCCAUCCAAGCCUCACGUCAUGGACCAACCAAUGACGAUAGAUGCAACUUCACCCAAGUUGCACUGUGCUGGAACAAAAGGUCCUGGACUCGAUAUUGAAGAUGACCUCUACGAGAAUUUGAAUAUGGAUGAAGAUAGUUUGAAUCUUGAAAACUAUGAUGAACUAUUUGGUGUAUCUCUCAGUUUUUCUGAAGAAUUGCUAGAGAAUGGUGGUAUUGAUAGCUUGUUUAGGAUGAAAAGCCUAUCCGCCGCAAAAUCUGGUUGCACUGGUGUGCCUGCAGCAGAGGGAGCGUCCGUUGGUUUAGUUAAUAAUACGAUGCGUCCAGCGAGCAGUAAUGCAGCAUCUGCAGAUUCCAUGAUGAGUGCGAAGACUGAACCGAUUCUCUGUUAUAACAAUAAGCAAGAGCACUCCAGCCUAUCAUUUUCUGGCAUGACUGGAGAGAGUAGCGCAGGCGAACCUCAAGACUGUGGAGCUUCACCAAUGCUUCUAAUGGGAGAGCCUCCUUGGUGUUCUAUGGCCACUGAGAGUUCCUUCCAGUCAUCUAAUCGUAGCGAUGCCGUAAUGCGUUACAAGGAAAAGAAGAAAGCUCGAAAGUUUGAAAAGAAGGUGAGGUACGCUUCUCGCAAAGAGAGGGCCGAUAUUAGAAGGCGUGUCAAGGGGCGCUUUGUUAAAGCUGGAGAAGCGUAUGACUAUGAUCCACUGAAUCAAACCAGAAGCUACUGAAAGUUCAACUUUUGGAAUUUGAUGAAUACGAAAAAGUAAAACAAAAAACCAAAAAAAAAGUAAACCGAAACGGAUAUGUGGCUUAAUAGUCCGACAAUAUACUCUAAUCAAUGGAUAAAUAUCGCUUUCCCAGUGUCGAACGGGAAGUUUAUUUGUAUAUGAAGGACCCUGAGUUUUCCAUCA